CAACACAUCCCCGUCCACAACCUGAGGUACAUACUCUACGACCGCGAUAGCCUUCGAACAAAUCCAACGUUUCCAAUAUCGCAUCACUCACUCGACAACCGACCGAGCCUAUCUCCACCGGCGGCACAUGCCUGUUCUUUGUUUCAGCCGCCAUAACACUUGUCUGCCCCGGAGUCCGCAGGCGACUCUCCAUUCAUAAUGACGCGCCCGCACAUUAUCAGAGCUGACACGAUCGACCUACAAGACCAUAUUUUCCCAUCUGCGCAAGACCACUCUCGACAAGCGCAGAAUCCUGCAUCGCAAGGAAUUGGCCAGACUGCUCCGCAUCAGGCGGCUGCGGUCCGCCACAUGCAAGAAGAACGGCAUUCCGAGGAGGAACAGUUAUCCCACGCUUGGAAUCCUACCGAUGGUAAUUUGCACAAUGAACCGCCAUCGGACGACGAGCACGUGCUGUUCGAGAACGGCGUGCAUGAUCAACACCAGGUAUAUCAGAGAGACGACUCAGCAAUCCAACAAAACGGAGGCCACAGUGGGUCGCAUGAGGAAGAACCGGGGGAUGCGGAUGCAGACGAUGGGAUGGAUGAUGAUAUGAUGGACAAAAUCUCCAGCUCCCCUUCAAUCGACGAUGAGGAUAUCGAUUUCGAGUUCGUAUACGCCCUCCAUACAUUUGUUGCGACCGUCGAAGGCCAGGCCAAUGCAACGAAAGGUGACACCAUGGUAUUGCUUGACGAUAGCAAUAGCUACUGGUGGUUGGUGAGGGUAGUCAAGGAUAACUCGAUAGGUAGGUCACGUCCCUUCCAGGGCGUCUAAUUCUGUAGGUACGAUUUAACGUGUCAUAUUCUUUCCGUACAGGAUACCUUCCGGCCGAGCACAUUGAAACACCUACCGAGAGGCUAGCUCGCCUCAA